GGGGCGUGGAGCGCGCGCAGCCCGGCCCCGCCGGCCCGGGAGGAGGACGAUGCGCGGCGCGCGCAGGACCCUGUGGGCACUGAAAUCCAACUCACCCAUGCCUAUUUCCUGUAAUGGAUGAACUUGAUGCUAAUGUGAGUUCCAAGGAGGGUUUUGGUUCAGUGGAGAAAGUCGUGCUGCUCACGUUUCUCUCAGCGGUUAUCCUGAUGGCCAUCUUGGGGAACCUGCUGGUGAUGGUGGCUGUGUGCAGGGACAGGCAGCUCAGGAAGAUAAAAACCAAUUAUUUCAUUGUAUCUCUCGCCUUUGUGGAUCUGCUAGUUUCUGUGCUGGUGAUGCCCUUUGGUGCCAUUGAGCUGGUUCAAGACAUCUGGAUUUAUGGGGAGAUGUUUUGCCUUGUCCGGACAUCGCUAGAUGUCCUGCUCACGACAGCAUCGAUUUUUCACCUGUGCUGCAUUUCCCUGGACAGGUAUUAUGCCAUCUGCUGCCAGCCUCUGGUCUAUAGGAACAAGAUGACCCCUCUGCGCAUCGCGUUAAUGCUGGGAGGCUGCUGGAUCAUCCCCAUGUUUAUCUCUUUUCUCCCUAUAAUGCAAGGCUGGAAUAAUAUUGGCAUAAUUGAUUUGGAAAGGAUAUCCAAGCCAAGGCUGGGCCAGGAUUUGCAUGUGAUAGAAAAAAGGAAGUUCAACCAAAACUCCAACUCUACGUACUGUAUCUUCAUGGUCAACAAGCCCUACGCCAUCACCUGCUCUGUGGUGGCCUUCUACAUCCCAUUUCUCCUCAUGGUGCUGGCCUAUUAUCGCAUCUACGUCACAGCAAAAGAGCAUGCCCACCAAAUCCAGAUGUUACAACGGGCAGGAGCCCCCUCUGAAGGCAGGCCCCAGCCAGCUGACCAGCACAGCACUCAUCGCAUGAGGACCGAGACCAAAGCAGCCAAGACCCUGUGCAUCAUCAUGGGUUGCUUCUGCCUCUGCUGGGCUCCAUUCUUCGUCACUAAUAUUGUGGAUCCAUUCAUAGACUACACUGUUCCUGGGCAGGUGUGGACCGCUUUCCUCUGGCUUGGCUACAUCAACUCUGGGUUGAACCCCUUUCUGUACGCCUUCUUGAAUAAGUCUUUUAGACGUGCCUUCCUCAUCAUCCUCUGCUGUGAUGAUGAGCGCUACCGAAGACCCUCCAUUCUGGGCCAGACUGUCCCCUGUUCAACCACAACCAUUAAUGGAUCCACACAUGUGCUAAGGUACACAGUUCUGCACAGUGGACAUCACCAGGAACUUGAGAAACUGCCCAUACACAAUGACCCAGAAUCCUUGGAAUCAUGCUUCUGAUUGAGAACGUGGCUCAUGAUUAAGCCAUUCAUUCCCAUUCAUGUCUGCAUGAACAGGCUACCCUGGCAUCUCUCCUGACCCUCAUCACCACCAGCGAGUCAUGAGGCAGUGGGGACAAGGGCCCAGGUACGGGACAUGGGGCACAGUGCUGGACAGGACCCAAGGCCAGAGUGUGGAAGAUCUCAGAGUUGAGAAGGGACUUCAGGCGUCCUCAGAUCCAGCCUCCCAUCGAAUGCUGGAGUAGCAUCUUCCAUAAUAUCCUUGGACGUUGGGCGUCUCUGCUUGCACACCUCCAGGGAUAGGAGCUCACUACCUCCCAAUGCAGUUCCUUCUAUUGUAGGGAAGCUUUAAUUAUAAGAAAGUUUUUCCCUUUGUUGGAACGAAGUCGUGUUUCUGCUCCAUCUUCCAUUGGGAGCCAUGCAGUUAGCUCCCUGUUCCCCUUGAGAGCCCUUAGAUGUUGGAAGACACUGAUCUGCUGUCCACCCACCCUUUUAAGUCUUUGAACAGCUCCAGUUUCCUCUCCACUGUGGCCAUCUUCUGGACAUACUUUGGUGUGUGAAUUAAUCAAGGCUCUUGUAAUGAAGUCAAGUUGAUAUCAAUGCCAAGAUGUCUGUCCAGAAGCAUGAAAGAGCUGACAAGUGAAACAUCAAUAUUUUCUGGGUGGUAGUUAUGAACAUUUCUCUUUUCCUUUUUCUUGCGGAUAGAUCUGAAAACUGCUCUUUUUUUUUUUUUUUUUAAUUUUGGAUCCAUUACCCAAAGGCAUCUUUACUGUUAGUCUAAAUUGUGUGUGUGUUUAAGGAUGACAUUUGUCUCACUGGCAUACUCACUUUGAGGUCAUGUGGAAUGAAUCUUGAUUCAUUUUCCUUCCAUGACAAUGGAAAAAGGAACUGUACCUUUACUGAGGAUGCUGAUUAAGGAUGAUCUUGCAACUCAGAUUUGGCGAGGAAAUGAAGUUGCUCCAAUAAGACACCUUUUAGGGGCUUCCAGGGCCCUGUGCUGAGCCAGUGCUUGGUCUUGGGCCGGGCACUUGGCUCGUCGGGGCUAAGACAUAAUCACAAACCAACUUCCUUCCUUGGGGAAAUUCACUGGCCCCCCUGCCUGUGAAGCUGCUGGGGCUCCAUUUUUCUCCAUUUUUUUCAGCAUCUCACUUCUUCCAAGCUCCUUAGGAGAUGCUCCCCUGAUGUCAAAGCUACCAGCGAAUCAUUUUAUCUUGGGGUGAAUUAUCCCCCGUGGUUAAAAUUUUUGAGGGCACAUUUUUUCCCGGUUAUCUUUCUUUUGACUGAUGAUAAAAAUUCUAUCCUGAGGAUGGAUUGCUGGCCUGUAGGGACCCAGCCCAGGGAACAGGCAAUGUGGGUGGGCAGGUAGUGCUGGUGGGGGGCAGGGGAGGUUACAAAAUAAAGAUGUGCCCAAAGUUUCUAGCCUCACCAGCUCCCCCUGCCCUUGUGCUUGGUCUGUUGACCCCAAUUUCCUUCCUAAGUGAUCCCAGAAGCCACAAUUGCCUCCUUAUCACCUAUUUUAAAGCAGAACCCACAGGCUCUCCCCUUUCUCUCCAUCCCCAAAAAUGGUGGGAAGGACGAUCAGACACCUUGAUUUUUGCACUGCAAGUCGCACAUCCCAGGAAACCCCUCAGUCCCAGGCAAAGUAGGCUGGCUGGUCACCCCACUUAUGGGAGCCUCCCAGAGAGGAUUAACCAGCCUCCUCAUGUUUGCAGUUUCUUCCUACACUUUCUCAUGGGAAAGGCAGAGCUGAGUGAAUGUGGGGUCUGGAGUUCUUCCCAUGCCGUCUGGAUGAGGUCUCUGAUCUCAAAGCACAAAGAACUUCUUAGGGAAAGACUAAGAGAUCAUGAGAACCAGAUCAUCAUGAGGAAGCAAUAGGUUUAGAGCUUUGAGGCAGCUGGUAAGCUUUGAUGUCCCCAAAGUCGACAUUAUCUCCUGUGGAAUGCAUAUAUGCACACACACGUGCAUCCAUCCAGUAGGAUUUGUUCCCUGUGAGAUGCUUCUUUUCCCAGGAGCUUAGUAAGCUAGUGUGAAAUAUUAUUUCUCAGUGGCAGGCCUACCAUAUUCGCCGAUACCGUUCAACAGGGAUCCACAGAUUACAGCAUGCGUGGGAAAAUGAGACCUUACCAUUAGCUGCUGGACUCUCAGGACACACUUCUGUGGGCCUGAUUGGUGUCUGCAGAGGUCACGAGCACCCUGGUCCAGUGAAACAACAGCGAUUGAGAAAAUAGAAGCCCUUACCAUUGUCAAAAAGACGGUGUCCUUUGCAGAGAAGGUCUCAUAAGCAAACUUUGCUGUCUCUUUGGACCAGGGCUGGGAUGAUGUGGGUGAUGCGCCCAACAGCCACAGGACAGGGUGAGAGGUGCUCUGUCUAGACAGCUGCUGGCCUGGCAUUACCAAGAAGCCUGGCUUCCGAGAGUCCAGGUAAUAGAGCAGGUGUAUGGAAGACUGAGAAGGAGACGUGGAGCUUGUCCAAGGAAGGAGGAGACUUACUGGGCUGUCUUCCCUGAGAAGACCACCCUCUUCCAGGGAGCUUGAAGUGUCAAGAAGAGAUGCUUUCUGGGAGGCAGCAUAUGCCUCUGGCCACAUGUGCCUGGACAGUCGCCGGGGUGACAGGCGCUGCAACCAGACUACCCCAUGCCUGGGAUCCAGGGGCUUCACCUGUGCUUCUUCUCAAUGAGAACCUCCAGCUCACAGGACUGUCCAGGGGGAGGCCCCGAACUCCCCGUCCUGCUCAUGGUCCGCAGCUGGCGAGUGAAAGAGAUCGAAACGAACUUCUACUGCCCCCCGAGUAUGUGUUUGUAGACAAACUCGUUCUUCCUGGAUUUCACCUCUCACAUCAUGCUGCUCACUCGCUCUGCCCUGGGGCAGAUUGCUAUCCGCCUGGAUGUGGAGGGUGGGCUUGGGGAGGCCGGGGGAGGGGGUCCCGGGAGGGGCUGGGGGCGGCUAUAAUUGAACUGCCUUCAAUAUCAUCUUCAAGCAAGAACAAAGUACUGUUUCCUUGGUGCUGUGCUGUCUGCCCGUUUUUCUCUUUGGUGGUGUUAUUUCCCUCCAGGGAGAGCCCGGCGUGGCUUUUGUCUUGCUGUCAUUUCUGCUCUUCUCUGGUCAACGUCCUUCCCUGUAACAGUUGGUCUGGGGGGGGUGGGUGGCGGCGGGGAGACUAAUGCAUUUACCUUUCCUGGCUAGAAUCUGCAGUCUCUUUCCCAUUCAGUCUAGAGAACUGAGGCCGAAUGUUUGGCUUAAACUUAAACAGAUCAGGGAUGGCUUCGAAGGCCUGGUGGGGUGACGUGCUGCUUGGGACCUUAACCAGCUCUGGCCUGGCUCAUCGCGCCCACAAAAUGGAGAAACUCUCUGGGCCAGGAGGAUUGUUGGAACACUUCAACAAUGUGUUGAACCCCUCACAUUCAACAGGGGUUGAAUUGCUGUGCAGCCAAGGGCAACUGUGAGGAUUUUCCCCAUAAAAUAUGUGCCCUGCCUGUACCGCGAUUAAUAUGUUCAUGUAAGUAAUUCAGGUUUUCACUUACUUAUUUUAGAAAGAAAUGUUUUAUCAAUCCCAGAAUAGAAAAUCAGUAUUACUUGCCAUAAAUAGAAAGCAGCCAUAGAGAUAAAUGAAAACAAAACAAGGUUUUUAAGUUCUAAUGUAAGCCCAGUGCUCGUGUAUUUAAAAGGGAGCUGAAUGAGGGCUGGAAGCUGGGGGGGCCUGGGCCCUGUCCCAUGUGGGGCUCCUGAAGCUAGGUAGGGCUGCAAGAGAGGUCACCAGGGGAGAUCUCUCAAACUUUCUGAAGGAAUGUGAUUAAUCCCUAGUGGAAUUUGAUACCCUUUGGCACCACAGAGAGAAGGAAAGUGUAACAGGUGAUAGUUUAAUUACUAUUAUAUUUGAUUCAUAUUGUUUCUCCUUUCCCUUCCUUUCCUUUUUUUAGCUCACUCCAGAACAUAUCUUAAUAAUAAUAAUAAUAAUGAUAAUAAUAAUAAUAGUAAUGUAGCAAUAAUAAGAGAAGCUACCAUUUAAGGAGCUCCUUUCUGCUAGGCACUGUGAUGAGUGCUUUACGUAGAUUCUCUCAUUUAAUCCUCAUAAAAUCCUUACACCGUAAGUACCCAGAUUUCUCCCACUCUGUAGCAGAGCAGACCUCAGCCUAGAGGUCUGGCCACUAGCCUAGACACCCAGGCACCCAGGCCGAGGCCCCAGGCCCCAGGAACCCAGGCCCCAGGCCCCAGGCUGGGAAGGGUGCAUUUGGAGUGCAGACGGCGCAGGCGGUGUGGUUGUCAAGCCCGCAGUCCUCACCAUGGGCACACAGUCCUUAACGGAUGAGCUUCCUCCACUUGCACAUGUAGGGCACGAUGCUGGGAGUGAGGAGUGAGCAAGCGGAGGAGGCCCCUGCCCUCCUGUUGCCUAGGCAGUUCCUCCCGCCUCAGCCUGGGGCCUGGAGAGGAAGACAGGGCCUGCCUAUUCCAGUGUGCAGCCCUCCCUGCACUUGCUCUACUGUGUCUUGACCUCCCUUCCACUCUCUGAGCCUGACUUUCGGUCUUUAAACAAAAGAAGAAUUCAGUACACGAUUGGGUGGGAGGAAAGGCCCUCCCGCACCGACUCUUUCCAGUAUUCAGCUGCUGGGCCACCGAGUAACCAGCAGCACAGCCUGAGACAGGUGUGUGAGCCCCAGGGAGCAUGGUCUGUAUCUCAGGCCCUCCCUGGGGUGUGCGGAUGAGGAGUGGCUCCGGCGGAAGGCAACUUGACUUUGCUGCAUUUCCUAGUGGGAACAUGGAAUACUAUCUGGAUAUGCUCCUCUGUCCCAGGAGCUUAUCACCUCAGACACUUUACAGUUUGUAUUUUCCCAGGGAGGUCCCUGAGCCUCUCACAGCAACCUGCAGGGAGGGAUUACGGAGAGCAUAUUAUAGAAAAAGAAACUGACUUUGUCAGGGAAGGUGAUUUGCCCAAGGACACAGGAAUCAGAGCUGAAACACUUCAGGUCACUCCUUUCUAACAGUCCUUUCCUCUUCCUCUCAUUUCUAAAUAUACAAGUUACGUAUUUUUAGACAACUUAAGUGAUGGGUUGCACAGAUAACGUAUUAAUGCAGUCCACUCCUAUGAAAAAGAGUUCUAACUAUAGAGCAAAACCCCCCUUGACUACAGCUUCAUCCCACUCCCCUCAAGAAGUAUCUGUGCUUUAGCUGGCUUAUGUAACCCCAGAAUGUGUCCUGUGUUUCUACAUAUGUAUAAAUGUACAUAUAAAACUAGAUGAUCUUGUUCUGUUCUUAUAUAUAAUGCUGUGUAUUGUGAUUUGCAAUUUGCCUUUUCCAACGGUACUCCAUACAUGUCAUUUUGUAAGACGUGAUUCUUCGUCAUUCUUUUCAGUUGUUGUGUGUCCAUGCCCUACAACAGAUGCCGUCCAGUGUGCGGUGUUGUCUCUUUUAGGGUCUGGCUGGUAUCCUGUGGCUGAGUGGGGCAUGUGAAGCCUGCCUCAGAAAAUCAGCAGCGUGUUUUCCUGUCCUGUGCUAACCAUAGGAAGGUCAGCUGGCAGGGGCUCAAAUGUCAGAGGCAGCUUCCCCGUGGACAAGGAAGGCCUGGCCCUUCAUGGGCCCCAGCCGGCCUCCCUCCAGGGCCUGAGACCCCCUGCCCGAGUAGCACAGGCUUCAGGGGGGAAGACUGACAUCAUCGUGCUUUCACUGCUCCUGGAGACGUCCCUUUGACCAGAUCCUUAACCUGCUAUACCUUAAUUUCCCCAAUAGUAAAACAGGGGGCAGAACGAUCAGACACUUUCUAGUAUGAGGGUAUGCGCAGAGCACUUGGUAAAACAUUUUCAAAAAAGAUUUAUUUGAGAGUGCACACGUUGGGGGCGGGGCGGGGCGGGGCGAGGCAGAGGGAAUUCUAAGAAGGCUCUGCGCUGAGUGUGGAGCCUGACAUGGGGCUCGAUCUCACAACCCUGAGAUCUCAACCUGAGCCAAAAUCCAGAACUGGACACUUAACUGUGCCACUCCGGUGCCCUGGGAAACACUUUAAAACCUGCUUACGUGGUAUCAUUAUUUCCUCUUAAUGGCCUUACUAGUUCUGCUUCCUACCAUCCUGGAAUAUGGUCAAAGGACAGGAGGUUAUGAAAAGAUUAGUAAAAACCCCUUCAUAAUUAAGGGAAUAAUAGUGGGAGCAGUCCACUUGUGCCCUUUUCCCGUUUAUGAAGGCUCUCAUGGCACUUUCACAACUGCCCUAUGGGGUGGGCCUAUUGUUCAUUGUUAUCAUUUAUAGAUGACGAAAUGGAGCCUCCAGGGUAAAGGCUGUGACCACCUCCAGGUCAGCUGGAAGUCAUUUGAGGAAGUCAGAAUCUGAAUCUAGGUCCCGAUUCCCAUGGUGAGGUGCCUGUAAGAGCUAUGUGUCAGCUGUGCUUUACAGAUUGGGCUCACGGCUGACAGGACCCCAAGAGACACCAUUAUCUCUACCACUGAGAUAAUUUAAUCAUCUGUCUGUCAAACAGUGAAGGCCUUUUAAAAACGUGCCAGACACUGCACCACAAGUGGAUGACAUGUAAUGGCAUGGACUGAACAGGACAACUCGAUUCUCUAUGACAGGUGAGGGCAAGCAAACUACCUACCAUGUGGGGGCCGUGUCCUCCAGUCUGUAAGAACGUUUUUUUACUUUUUAAAGUGGUUGGAAAACAAAUUAAAAGAUAUUCUGUGACAUGUGAAAGUUACACCAAAUUCAAAUUUGUGUCCAUAAAUAAAGUUUUAUAGUCCUGCCCGUUU